GACUGAUCCUUGAUGAAGACAGUUGGCAAUUGGCAAACGAAACUGGCAUAACUUGGAAACAGUGAAAGUAAUACCUACAAUGAAAUUAACUCUGGCAAUAUUAGCUUGCGUGGCUGUGGUUAGCCUAGCAGCUAGCGUUCCAAAGGACCUUAAUUAUGAUGUUGACAAGGCUUACUUAGAAAAACAAAAGUUCUUGUUCGAAAUCUUGUACCGUGUUGAAGAUCCUCUUCAAUUUGAAGAAUACAUCAAGCUUGGAGGCAAGUUGAUCAAUGAUCAAUCGAAAUACCAGAAAUAUGAAAAGAACAUGAUCCAAUUCUACGACUUGUACAAGGUUGGUGGUCUCCUUCCCAAGGGAGAAUACUUCAGCGCCGUACAAAAGUAUCACGCUCUUCAAGCUCUAGGACUCUUCAACUACUUCUACUAUGCCAAGGACUACGAGACAUUGGUGCAGAACAUCGCUUGGGCUCGUUUGAAUGUUAACGAGGGUAUGUUCGUUUAUGCCUUGACUCUUGCCGUCAUCCAUCGCCCCGACAUGAAGGGCCUCAUCCUUCCAUCCAUCUAUGAGAUCUUCCCACAAAUGACCCUUAACGCCAAGUCCGUCUACCAGGCAGAGAAAUUCGAUUCGGAUGUGUACAACAGACAAAUCAUGCUUGAGAAGGAAUUGAAAUCAAUCUAUGAUCAAGACACCUACGUCGAAAACUCCAAACAGUUCUAUUUGAAGGACUGGAAGACAUGGCAAUGGUGGAAAUUGAUGGGUUUGGAUGAACAAUUCUAUGUCGCAGAACAAAGUUUCCUCCGUAGCAAUAUCAAGGAGUACACAAGCAGCCCGGUUUACCAAGAAAUUCUCAAGGACUUGAACUCCUACUACCUACCAGUCGAUUACACCCGUGAUAUUGGAAUCUUCAACGAAGAAUCCAAACUUAGUUACUUUACAGAAGACAUUGGUUUGAACGGUUACUGGUACUACUUGAACAUGUAUUAUUCCGAUUACCUCUAUGGACAAGAAUACAACUUGAACAAGGAUCGUCGUGGAGAAUUGUGGAUCUACAGUGUUCAACAAAUUUUGGCUCGUUACUACAUGGAACGUCUUUCAAACGGUUUGGGUGAAAUUGAUGAACUUUCGUUGUACGGUUUGGUCAAGACCGGCUAUGACCCACAAUUGAUUGCUUACAAUGGUAACGGAUUUACAUACAGAAAGAACUACUACGAAUUGGAAUCAUACCAGAACUUGGAAUUGGCUAACCGUUUGGUUGGAGUUUACCGAAGAAUCAUGGAUAUUAUUGACACUGGCAAGUACGUCACCAAAAACGGUGUUGAAAUCGAUCUUACCAAGCCUGAAUCUAUUGAUUAUAUUGGAAGUUUGAUGCAAGGAAACAUUGAUGUCAUGGACAAGAACUUCUUCGGACACUGGUACGCUCUUGCUAACGUCUACCUUAGUGGUGGUCAAUAUGAAGCAUUCACAGUACAGCCCCAUGCUCUUCAGAACUACGAAACCAUGCUUCGUGAUCCAAUUUCAUACCUUCUCUUCAAGAAAAUCAUUCAAGUUUACUACAAAUUCAAGAACCAAUUGCCAUCAUACAAACGUGAAGAACUCAUCAUUCCCGGUGUUCAGAUUCAAGAUGUUGAAGUGAGCGAAUUGAAGACCUACUUCGAUUUGGUCGAUCUUGAUAUUACCAAUUUGUUGAACGAAAAGAUGGUCUUUAUCGAUGGUAAAUUCGUAUGGGACAAGACUCUAUUGGCUCGUCAAAUGCGUUUGAACCAUAUUCCAUACAACUACAACAUUAAGGUUCAAUCUGAAAAACCACAAAAUGUUAUUGUUCGUACUUACAUUGCACCUGAAUUUGAUGAAUAUGACCGCAAGAUUGAUUUAUUGAGCUACCGUGAAAACUUUAUGGAAAUUGAUGUUUUCACUUAUGACUUACCCGCUGGAGAGAGUAUCAUUAAACGCAGUUCGAAGGAUGUUCACUACAAUACUAAUGACCGUUUGUCAUACACCGAAUUGUACAAAUUCGUGAUGUUGGCUUACGAAGGUAAACAAGGAUUGCCUUAUGUUGUGAGUGGAGCUCAUUGCUCAUAUCCAGACAGAUUAGCUCUGCCACGUGGUUGGGUUAAGGGUAUGCCAGUGCGAUUGUUUGUUAUCAUCAGUCAAUACAAUGGUGAACAAAAGGAUGUUCCUAAAUACGAAUCAAAUCUCAAUUGUGGAAUUGGUUAUGGAGAUCGUUAUUUGGAUAACCUUCCAUUGGGAUAUCCGUUCGAUAGGAAGAUUGAAAAUAUUCAAGAAUUCUAUGUGCCAAAUAUGUACUUUAAGAAUGUAAAGAUCUACCAUGAGGAUAAACUUGACAAGUACUAUCCAUACAAGUAUGAAAACUAUGGUAACUUCGAUUACAAUUACUAAUUCAUAAAACUUUAAGAUGGAUUUCUGGAAACGAACUGGCUUCGGAAAAUGUGAUGUGAUAAAUUGUUGUCCUUUUUAAAUAGCUUUAACUUUUUUUGUUUUUGUAUUUUUUUUUUGUUGUGGUUGGUUUUAUUUUUGAAUCAGCUUUUAUUUUGUAUAGAAUUUGCAAUGAAAUAAAUUGUCACGAACAAUUUGAAGAAAA